AUGGUGGUGGGCCCUUCCGGCCUGGCGAAGAUCGAGGAAGGCGAUGAGUGGAUGUUCCUGCAGAGCUUGCCUGUGUGGAUGAUACCGGUCAACGCCUCUGCUAUUGGAUGCAUUGGGUGGUGGCUGACACAAGAUUGGAGGCUCCUGGCGGUUUGCGCAGGCUUCACACUGCUCCUGCUCCAGCUGAGGCUGAACGUCAUCUCCCGACUCGGCGAUGAUCCUUAUCUCUUCAUCAAUCCUUACUGGGAUGUUGCAGAGGCGUGGCUGUCACUCAUUCCUUUUCUUACUGCCCUGGUUCUUGCGGAGCAGCCGGAGACAUACCUCACCGAUUUCAAUCAGACGACACGCUUUGCAAUCCUUUGGGCCAUGACCGUUGCGGUGAACUUCAAGGUGAGCGAUGUCAACCAUCUGAUGUUCUAUUGCUGGUUUCGCAGCUCGGGCCUCGCUUUGGCGAAGAAGCGUGGAUUGGGAUCUCGCGGCCACGCCCCCUAUGGCCUGCCCUGGACAAUCCCGAAGCUCAAGGUCAUGGAGAUGCGCCGAAUUGGCUGGGUCUUCUUCGCCUCGCUGGCCUCAGUGGGCUUGAGCCCACUUCCUGCCGUUAAUUGUUGUGCGGCAAUCGUCGCCUAUUUUCUGUACUUCACCCAGAUCUUUCCUGAAUCGCAGGCCGGCCAGCAUGGCUCCCUGCCUUUACCCAACAACCUCGCAUACCUGGCUGCCGCACCACAACUGUGGCAACGCUCAGCCAGAAGCCUUUACCCAUUGACUUUUCUGAAGCUGCAUGUCGUGUCCCUGUACUUUGCCGCCGGACUUUGCAAGCUGGGCGCCUCUCUCAAGAUGGGCCGCUGGUGGGCCAACGGCGCCAAUCUGCAGUCGUAUCUCUUCCAUGCCAUGUGGUCUCGACCCGGGAACGUGAAGAGCCACCUGGGCGCGCACAGGCUGCAGGUCUUCUUCGUCACUCGCCCUUGGCUCUGUGUUGCGGCUUCUGCGCUGGGCCUCCUGUUUGAGCUUCUGGCGCCAGCGGCGCUGUUCCAUCAGGUAGCAGCCAGAACCUUUGUGGUGGCCGCUUUCCUGUUCCAU